UAGCAGAGAUAUUGGCAAAUGAAAAUCUUGAAAAUUUUUCUUCAUUUUCUGAAGAUUUUCGCCAUUGACAGACGUCAUUUCGCCACGCCAUCUAGCGGCCGAUUUUGGAAACAGCAAGGGAGAUCUUUUCUUCUCGCCAUUACUUUUUUUUCAAACUCCAACUAUCGAUACCUAACCAAACCCAGCUGUAGUACAUCGAUACCAUUCUUUUCUCAAUCAUUCCGCGCAGUCACUGUCUAAACAACAACAACAAGGUUGAAAUGUCCUCGCAAGAAGAUUAUUCUGAUUUUGAACAUGAACCAGAAAAUGGGGAAAAGUUAGAUGACGAGUGCUGUGAACGUUAUGCAGCUGUCAUCUGGAGUUCUCCCAAGUUCGUUGAGAACGACUAUAACUGUGUUGACAUUAGGAAAAUUUCGAAAGACAUGCUGUUGAAUGGAGAGCUCCACGGCCCAAUUGUUGUAAAAGUAAACAUCAAUGUUGGCUGUUUACAAGCAGUGACUACAGAAACAUACAUUGGAAGAGUAUUUGCUACUGGAGAUGAUAAAAAAAUCCUGAAAUCCCUUCUUGAGGCAGAAAUUAGAAGGAUUAAAACACAAGACAAGGCUAACACUGAAAUGUAUUAGCAACUUAAUACACACCAAGAAAUGAAAUUGUUGUUUUAUAAUAUUUGAAUUAUCGUCUUUAGUAGUUGCCAAAGUCUGUGACCUUCAUUUCCUGAAUCGU